UAUCUCCCUCGUGAAAUCUCGAUCAAGGAAAAAAAAGUUGGGAGUUUUUCUCGCGCGAUAUUCUCUCUCUCUCUCUCUUUUUUUUUGACUCAGUCGACGAACAAAACAACCCCUUCUCUCUGUCCCUCCUGAAUCGAAGUUGCUUCACCUUAAAGGAAGAAACUUGCUGCGUUGUGUUGUUUUACAUUCCGAUUAAAAGGAGAUCUGGCGGCGAGGGUUUGGUUUAGUUCGGUUUGGUUUCUCCGUUGAUCACGUUUGAAAGGGGUUUCCUUAUAUAUUGGUUUAUCCAAUUCGAUCAGCAAAUCCUACUAUCUUUUAGUUUAGAUCAAGAAAUUUAGAAAAUUUCCAAUUUAUUCAUUCAUUCUUUUGUCACUGUUGAUACGUCUCAUCUAGCUUUUUAGUUAUAGCCUAUAGGUUUCUGGAAGCUCUGGUGACUAGUAUUUUUUUUGGUGUUGCCCAUCAAAGAGCUUUCUUAUCUGUCUCCAUAAAUAAACCCACACAAAAAAAGUUAGUUUUUUUAGGGAUUCUGUACAAAAAGGGUUUUUUUUUAGGUUUUAGAUUGACUAAUAGGAAUGGCGUUGAAUUUUUCUCAUAGACACCUUUCUUCCCGUGUCUCUGAGCAACCAGUUGAGGGGUUAUCUGAGAGGAACGGUGUUGUUUUCUCCCACUCUAUCGACAAAGGUGACUCCUUUGGUCACGGAAGGAACACUGGUCAUCUUUUCUCACAUCCUUGGUGUUCAAGUAUCGACAAAGCUGACUCCUUUGACUAUGGUGGUGAUGUUUUCUCACAUCCUUGGUGUUCAAGUAUUGAGAAAGGUGGCUCCUUUGACUAUGGUGGUGGUCUUUUCUCACAUCCUUGGGGUUUAGGUAUCGAGAAAGGUGACUGCUUUGACUAUGGAAGGAGCAGGGGAGAUUCAGCUUCUGCUGAUGUACUUGAUGUUCUGCCGUCUGAUCCGUUUGGGAUGGAUAUGAACAAUACUUUCACUGCUAUUACUGGGUGGCUUGAGGAUUUGGAGGUUGGUUAUGGGAGAGAUGAGAUUGUGAUUGGUGAUGGAGACCACCAGCUCUUUGCUGGGUUGAGUUUCAUUUGGAACAAUGCAAUGCGAUUUCAGGAGUUCAGGGAGAGCAGUGUGUACGAUAAUGGGUUUGUCGGGUCAUUGUUUGGGUUUGAAGGUGAUGGACCUUGUCCUGGUGCAUUCAUACCCGCUACUACUAGUGUGGAUGAGGUUGGAGGAGAGGGUGCAGACGUUCAUCCAGCGUUUGGUUUUUGUCUCUACCACUUGGGAGUAAAGGAUCUUCUUUCAGUCAGUAUGGUUUGCAAGUCUCUGCAUAAUACUGUCUGUGAUGACUCGCUACUGUGGAAACACGUCCACAUUUCUCAACCGUUGAAUGACAAGUUCAAUGAUGAAUCUCUUCUGCGGUUGACCGAGAGGGCUCACGGCACUAUGCAGUGUCUGAGGCUCGUAGAUUGCUCGAAAAUUACAGAGGAUUGUCUUAGAAAGGUGUUGCAACGCAACCCACAAGUAGUCAAGCUUGGCGUGCCUGGAUGCACAAGGAUCAGUAUCGAUGGCCUUGUGAGCAUCUUGAAGGAUUUGAAGUCUGCGGGGAAGCUUAAAGUGAAACAUUUAGAGACCGGUGGUCUCUAUGGAGUUACUAAAGAUCACUACGAUGAGUUGUUGGACUUGUUGGACAUUGACAACAGUGUCAACAGGACUAUGCAUAAGCCGCGGUUUUACCAUAGAGGAUACACGUUCGCCACCUGCGACGAUGUUGUCCGGGGGCUAGAUAUUGAGAUGUGUCGGAAAUGUGAGAACUGGAGGAUUGUGUAUGACUGUCCAGCGGAAGAUUGUAAAGGGAAGGAGGAGUGCCGUGCUUGCUCUCUUUGCGUACAGAGGUGUGUUCAGUGUGGUCGGUGCAUCAAUGGCGUGUACGAGGAGACGUUUUGUCUGGAGUUUUUGUGCUCUGGUUGCUCGAAGCCUCGUCACCUCUCGUUUGAUGAUGAAUAAAGCUUUCCCUUCCAUGUUUCGUUGAAGGAAUAAUAACUAUCAUAAAGAUUUGUUUUGGUUUUAGACAAUUAUUUAUAAUAAAAUAAAUAAAAGAUGAGCUUUGGAUUAUUA